AUGAUGCUCAGGUUGCUUACACCGGAGGUCGUGAACGUGCUCCAGAAGCGAAUAUCAGACACGGACCUACCAGGCGGGCUCUCGGCAGACGAGGCGCAGGCACAUCGCCUAGCCAGGAUGCUGCUGUGCAUCGAUGUCCAGUGUCCAGUGGACCACGUGCGCGGCUGCGCCUCUCUGGACGACUCCCUACGUCUGCUCACCUCCCUGGCCCAACUGGCCGCAUCUCACCAACAAUACACCAGGGAGGCAGCUGCCGCCUCCACCCAAACCUCCAACACCACCAUAGCAGCAGCAGCAACAACAACAACCACAACCACCGCCACCACCGGCCGCGCGCCCAGCCCCGUGCCCCAAGUCCUGAACGCCACCACCGGAUCCACGCCGCGCCAUCGCACCCCCCCUCGUGGCAACAGCUUCACCGGCGGCGGCGUGCUGCAGCUGCAGCAACAGCAACAGCAGCAGGACCCCGGCGGCGGUGGUGUAGGUGUAGCAAGCGGAAGCGGAGCAGGGCGGUUGAACCUCGGUUCGCUUGACGGGGAGUUUCGGUUGUUGGAUGGCCUCGCGGAGCGGCUUCCUCAGCUUCUGGAAGCGGGGGGCGGGGGGAACUGGUUCCCCGGGGACAUCAUUGCGGCGCUGCAGACCUACAUGCAAACCUUGCCGCACAUGCACGAGCUGGUUGCCGCAGUGGACCAAAGGUCGCAAAAGCUGAGGGGAGAGCUGCCCGCUCUGAGAGCGGAGGAGGCCCGGCUGGCGGCGGAGGUGACAGUGGCGGGUGAGGCGGAGUGGCAGCGCCAUGCGGAAGCCACCAGGGCCGAGCUGGCCAACCUGCUGGACAGCUCAGCAGCUUUCUUCCGCACAUUUCAGACGGGGCUAGGUGUGUGGUGUGCCGCCAGCCGGGCCACUGACACUUGCGGGCUAGGGCCCCUGGCCUCGGAGCUGCUGCAGCGGUACGACGUACUGAGGCGGCUGGGGGCUGACCUGGCACGUAUCCGCCAGGCACACACAGCCAUUGUCAGCUGCGCGCCGCCGCUCACGCUGCUGGAGCAGCACACGUUGUCUCAGCUGGUUCGAGCGGGUCAGACGGCAGUGGAGCAGCUGCAGGAGCGAAUUGCAGUGGAGCAGAGAGUGAUGGCGGAGACGGAGGCCACAGGGGCAGCAGCGGCCGCGGCGGCGGCCCGCGGGGCGGCCGCGAUGGCGCACGAGGCCGCCCGGGUGGCCAUAUGA